AUGUCAAGCGGCAGUACUAUUGUUUCGUCUGACAAGUCGGGGCGAACAUUUAAGCAUGAGGAAGAACUACCCAAGUUACCAUUACCUAAACUCUGUGACACUUUGCAGCGUCUGAAGGAGAGUUUAGAGCCAUUGUAUUAUGCUGAUGGUUACUAUCAACAUCCUUUAGAUCCAGAACAAAUUGAGAAGCUGUCAUCCAUAAUAAGAGAUUUUGAAGAGAAUCCCGUAAGUGAGAAGCUGCAAUCUAAACUACAGAGCUACCAUGACACUAGGGAUUGCUACCUUGAUGAAUUACACUUAGACAUCAAUAACCAGACCUCCACUAGGGAGAUUCAGGACGAUGUCCUACCCAGGAAUCCCUUCUUGGUUCUCGCAGAUGACGCUUUGCCAAACAUCACUCAAGCUGAUAGGUCAGCCGUCCUAGUGCACUCUGCGGCCAGGUUUAUUUCUGCUUUGAAACAAGAUUUGUUGCCACCAGAUAUCAAUGCCACCAAUGGCAAACCACUGUCAAUGGCUCCAUUUCUGAACUUGUUCGGUACUACUCGUAGUCCUGUUUUUCAGCGCGGUGAGGUUGAAAAUUUUGAUUUGAACAAACCUUACACAGCAUCUGAUUUAGAAGACCCUGAUUAUUCAAGCGAUGAGGACGAUAACGACGAACCCACCCAAAAAGACUUUGAUGACCGUAAAAGAAAACACGAAGAAGACAUAUUCACUGGCAAUGGUAUAACUAUAAAAAGACAUCCGGAUAGCAAACACAUCUUGAUCAUCUCCAGGGGCCAAUACUAUACACUGGAAGUACUUGAUUCGACGAAUAAAAUUAUAUACACUGCUGCAGAAUUAACCACAAUUUUCAACCAUAUAAUAAAAGAUUCUUCUGGCAUUGAAAAAUCAACUGCGUUAGGUAGUUUGACCUCUCACUCUUUUAGAAACUGGAAAUAUGCAAGGAAGAGACUACAGAAAAGGUAUCCUAAUGAAUUACAUCGCAUAGACUCUGCUCUGUUCGUGUUAGUGCUGGACGAAUCACAAGAAGAAACUACCAAUGAUGGCGAUGAUACCGCUGAUAUCAGUCAAAUGUUUAACAGGACUAUCACUGAGCGAGACAAGAAAUGUACUUCCGCCAAUUGUAAGAGAGUGUUUUACGGUACUUCUAUAAUAAAUAGCAAAGGCCAUCAAGUGGGUUCAUGUGUUUCUCGUUGGUAUGAUAAAUUACAGUUAGUUGUCACUGCAGAUGCAAAAGCCACAGUGAUUUGGGAUUCCUUCACAUGUGACGGGUCAGUCGUGCUUCGGUUUACUUCUGAAAUUUAUACAGAAUCAGUCUUGAGAUUAGCUAGAGACGUUAACGCCGGUGACCCACAGUUUUCACUCUGGCCUAACGUGACACAAAUGGAUCCUGAAACUAAAAAACUGAUGACGGCGACCAUAAGUGCCGACGGCGGAGGCCCUUCUGAAAUUGACCCUAAGUUGGUUGUAAAUAAAAUCGAUUGGUCUUUCAGUAACAUCCUGAACACACAUGUCCAUUUGUCAGAAACCAAACUAGCUGAUCUGAUUUCCAAGUAUGAUAUUGUUCGCGCUUCUAUUCCAUUGGGCAGAAGGUCAGCUCAAAGAUUAGGAGUCAAGCCCGAUUCGAUGGUUCAAGUAGCUUUACAAAUAGCUCACUAUGCUUUGUAUGGAAGAAUGGUGUUUGGAUUAGAACCAGUAUCCACACGUGGUUUCAAAAACUCGAGAUCAUCUUUUAUUAACAUUCAAAGUCAAGCGCUGUUGGAACUAUGUCAAUUGUUUAUUUCUAGCUCCAUUGAUGGGACAGAUAAAUUAGACAAAUUUAUCCAAACCUGCGAAACACAUAAUAACAUGGUUAAACAUGCAAAGUCUGGGGUAGGUUAUGAAAAACACUUCAAUGCAUUGAAAUAUCUCUUCAAAUUUCAUGACCAUUUUGGUAUCCACUUAAGUGGUGAUGAAUCAUCUGCUGCGAAAGAUCUUUUCGAAAAUCCACUUGUUUUACCUUUCUCACAGCCUGAGUUGAUUGUUGCCAACUGUGGUAAUGCUGCUACCACGACAUUUGGUAUAACUCCUGCUGUACCUCAUGGCUUUGGAAUAGGGUACAUCAUUAAAGAUGAUCAAGUAGAUUUGACCGUGACAUCGCAAUUUCGACAGGGUGACAGGUUAAUGUUUAUGUUAAGUUGGGUGUUAGGCGAAAUUCGUUCCUACUGGAGGAUGUCACGCGGCACUUCUCAUAAUAAAACUGGCGUGAAGAUCAGUCCAGUGGUCGAUAAAUUGUAUGAAAUGGACAAUGCAGUCAAUAAUCCUCCGAAACGUAACGGCCAUACAGUCAAUGGCUCCCGCAAAACAUCUUCUUCAUCACAGGUAAAUUUGAACAGGUAUGGCGGGUUUUUCGAUUUGGAAGGCCACAUUGACAGUAGGAAUAUAUCUAAAACACCAUCGAUGAAGAAUUUGCAGAAAACCUUCAAUGGCUUGACCAUGAGCGCAGACAAUGAUCAUUCAAGUUCCGCAGUUUCCGUUCCCACAGAAAAGGAAAAAUUAAAUACAGGCCAUGAAAUUUUACAGAUCCAACCGCGGGAAGUGGCAAGUAAUGGGUUGGAAGCAGAUGAUGAGACAGAUAUUGAAAUAGUUGCUGGCAAUGCUGAUGGCACAUCCUCUUCGGCAUCUUCAGCUACAUCUCUAAAUUCCAAGAAACGUAACGUCAUCAACUCAAGAUUCGAUAUUGAUUUUGACCGCAGUCGUGUGGGUAGAAAGGUGGCGACCUUAGAUCAAUAA